AGAUUGGUGUAUAUCUCGUCAGCUAUGGUGGGGACAUCGUAUCCCGGCAUACUUUGCAACUAUAGAUGAUCCAAAUAUUCCGGCGGGUAAGGACACUGACGGACAGUACUGGAUAUGUGCCCGCACUGAAGAAGAGGCUAGAGAUAAAGCUGCGGCAAAAUUUAACGUCUCGAAAGAUAAAAUCACACUUACACAAGACCCAGAUGUAUUAGACACUUGGUUCUCUUCAGCUUUGUUCCCGUUCUCUGUAUUUGGAUGGCCAGAUGAGACUCCAGACUUGAAGAAGUUUUAUCCAGGAUCACUGUUGGAGACAGGACAUGACAUCUUGUUUUUCUGGGUAGCUAGAAUGGUCAUGUUUGGUAGAACAUUGUUAGGUGAUUUACCUUUUACCGAGGUAUAUCUUCAUGCAAUGGUGAGAGAUGCUCAUGGUAGAAAGAUGAGUAAAACACUGGGUAAUGUGAUAGAUCCUAUAGAUGUAAUAACAGGAAUAUCUCUAGACCUUCUACAUCAGAGGUUACAAGAGGGAAAUCUUGAUGAGAAAGAAAUUGCCAAGGCUAAAGAUGGCCAGAAACAAGAUUACCCUAAUGGUAUACCAGAGUGUGGUACAGAUGCCCUCAGAUUUGCGCUCAUCUCAUAUACAACAGGGCGUGACAUAAAUCUAGAUGUACUUCGUGUACAAGGAUAUAGGUUUUUCUGUAACAAACUGUGGAAUGCAACAAGAUUUGCUCUCACUGCUUUAGGAACUGAUUUCAAACCCAAACCCUCUGCUCAGUUGUGUGGUAAAGAGAAUGAGAUGGAGUUAUGGAUAUUGAGCAAGUUGAGUAACACAGUAGAGGCGUGUAAAGUCGGUUUUGAGAGCUACGAUUUCCCAACAGCAACAACAGCCUGCUAUAACUUCUGGUUGUACGAACUCUGUGACUGGUACCUGGAGAAUAUCAAGCCUAUUAUAUACGGUUCUGAUGAGGAGGCGAAGGUAAUUUGUCAGGACGUGUUAUAUACAUGUCUAGAUGUAGGUCUACGUCUGCUGCAUCCGUUCAUGCCGUUUGUUACGGAAGAGUUGUAUCAACGGUUACCACGACGAUCUAGCUCCGACCCUCCGAGUAUCUGUGUCACACCAUACCCACUACCUUCAGAUUGUCCUUGGAGAGAUAAUAAACUGGAGGAAGAAGUGGAUUUCAUACAGAGCAUUGUGAAAUCUGUACGGUCUGUCAGGGGAGAUUAUAACAUCACCAAUAAAAUGAAACCAGAGUUAUAUGUAAAGUGUUCGGACGAGGAGACGGCUAACCUUGUACGUACCCACACAGAGAUGAUCCAGGUACUGUCGCUGUCGAGCUGUGUCAAGGUGAAUGAAGCUCCGCCCACUGGUUGUGCUGUACAGACUGUAUCUGCGAAAUGUGAAACACACUUUAUGAUAAAGGAUUUUAUAGAUAUAGAUAAAGAGUUGAAGAAACUGACAGGAAAGAAAGAGCGACUAGUCGGUCAAUUACAGAAGAUUGAAAGUUCAAUGACGAAGGCAGACUAUGAGACAAAAGUCCCUGAAGAUGUGAGACAAAAAGAAUCAGAAAAGAAAUCAGAGUUGACACAGGAAAUAGAGAAGUUAAGUCAAGCUAUGGAAAUGCUAAGCACGAUGCAAUAACCAUGUGAUCAUUUAGGAAAAUUUACUUACAUUUUGAAUCCACUUUUACAUUUCAACUAAGGAAACAUAACACAUGUUUGUUAUUGUUGCUGCAAGUGAUUUUUAUCAUCAAUGUGUUACCUUCAAAACUUUACGAUUCUUUCAACCCCAAAAAAAGUUUUAUUUUAAAUUUGAAAGGGAGAUUUAGGUUGAAAUUCUGAAAAGGAAGAAUUCUGUGGAAAAGUAACAAAGUGAUGAUUUAAAGUUAAAGUUUCAGUGACUGGGUUUAAGUUUGAAAAACUAAUAAAAAAAAAUUCUAUAAAAAUAAAGGCAGAAGGUGUAAAUUCUUGUAUACAUGUGAUUUAUUUAUUUUAUGUUUACUGUCAUCUCAUAAGUGUUCAUAUAUUUUUGAUAGUUUAGACAAAAAAUUAAGUUUAGUCUCUUCAGCAAGAAAUGAUUUCUGAGGGUGACAUGAUUAUCCUUGUAUCCAAGUGUGACAUGAUCAAAGGGUGACAUAAUAAUCCUUGUAUCCAAGGAUGGCAUGGUAUUCCUUGUAUCUAAGGGUGACAUGAUAUUCCUUAUAUCUAAGGGUGACAUGAUAUUCCUUAUAUCUAAGGGUGACAUGAUAAUCCUUGUAUUUAAGGGUGACAUGAUAAUCCUUGUAUCUAAGGGGACAUGAUUAUCCUUGUAUCUAAGGAUGACAUGGUUAUCCUUGUAUCUAAGGGUUACAUGAUAAUCCUUGUAUCCAAGGGUGACAUGAUAAUCCUUGUAUCUAAGGGUGGCAUGA